AUGCCCAAAGGCAUGCACAACCCAUUGCCUGCCUCGCUACGCAGCGAGUGCAUCAAGGCAACCCAGAUCCUCGACUCGUUUAUCAACGGCUCCUGGCGCGGAAGUCCCGGUCGCGAACUCCCUGAACGCGUCCUCGCAAAUGCAAAGGGCCUCGCAAUCCUCACCGUGACAAAAGCCGGCAUCCUCGGCUCCCUCCGCUUCGGCUCCGGAAUCCUCCUGGCACGCCUCUCCGACGACAACAACCCCAGUGGACCGCCGACCUGGUCACACCCCUCCGCAAUCAGCACAGCAGGUCUCGGCUUCGGCGGACAAGCGGGCUUCGAACUCGCCGACUUUGUCUUCAUCCUCAACGACACGGAAUCGCUCGCGGCGUUCUCGCGCCUCGGGUCGCUGACGCUCUCAGGGAACUUUAGCAUCGCGUUUGGGCCGCUGGGGCGCAAUGCGGAGAUUGCGGGUGGGGUUAGCACGGGGGGUGGGGGGAAGAUGAUGAGUUUCUGUAAGACCAAGGGGCUUUUUGGUGGCGUGAGCGUUGAGUCGGGGGUUGUUGUUGAGCGGCGCGGGGCGAAUAGGAGGUUUUAUGGGCGCAAGGUUACGGCGGCGGAGAUUUUGGGAGGAGAGGUCAGGGCGCUCGAGGAGGCCGAUGUAGAGGGGUUGAUGAAGGUGCUUGGGGAGGUUUUUGCACCGAGGGGAAGCGAAGCGGAGAAUGGGCAGGUUGGACAGGCUGGGGAAGAGGGGUCGCACGAGUCAUCAUCUGUGCCUCAGGCUCCAUCAGCAGCUCCAGCCCCAGGACCAUCGCUUGAGCCAGAGUCAGAACUCUCAGGGUCCAGGUCGCGUGAAGAAGCGCAAAUUAAGCCAAGCGAGCCGCAAAAUAAGGCUCGAGAGCCUUCUGCAUAG